AUGUCACCUAGAAAAGUCACUGAAUCAAGCAUGAUCAGUCUUUUCCAAGAAGCAUCAGUAUCUAACAAAGAUUCAGUUUCAGCCUCAGAUAUUAUUACGAUUAAUUAUUCAACUACCAAAAAACCACAAUUCAUCGAACAACAACAAGAUAAAUCGAUUCAUGAUAAAAGUAAUUCAACAACAACCUCAACUGCACCAUCAUCAUCAAAAGUUAGAAAUAAAUCAACAACAACCUCAACUGCACCAUCAUCAAAAGUUAGAAAUAAAUCAACAACAACAUCAUCAACCUCAACUGCACCAUCAUCAAAAGUUAGAAAUAAAUCAACAACAUCAUCAUCAACCUCAACUGCACCAUCAUCAUCAAAAGUUAGAAAUAAAUCAACAACAACCUCAACUGCAUCAUCAUCAUCAAAAGUUAGAAAUAAAUCAACAACAACCUCAACUGCACCAUCAUCAAAAGUUAGAAAUAAAUCAACAACAACCUCAACUGCACCAUCAUCAAAAGUUAGAAAUAAAUCAACAACAACCUCAACUGCACCAUCAUCAAAAGUUAGAAAUAAAUCAACAACAACCUCAACUGCACCAUCAUCAAAAGUUAGAAAUAAAUCAACAACAACCUCAACUGCACCAUCAUCAAAAGUUAGAAAUAAAUCAACAACAACCUCAACUGCACCAUCAUCAAAAGUUAGAAAUAAAUCAACAACAACCUCAACUGCACCAUCAUCAAAAGUUAGAAAUAAAUCAACAACAACCUCAACUGCACCAUCAUCAAAAGUUAGAAAUAAAUCAACAACAACCUCAACUGCACCAUCAUCAAAAGUUAGAAAUAAAUCAACAACAACCUCAACUGCACCAUCAUCAAAAGUUAGAAAUAAAUCAACAACAACCUCAACUGCACCAUCAUCAAAAGUUAGAAAUAAAUCAACAACAACCUCAACUGCACCAUCAUCAAAAGUUAGAAAUAAAUCAACAACAACCUCAACUGCACCAUCAUCAAAAGUUAGAAAUAAAUCAACAACAACCUCAACUGCACCAUCAUCAAAAGUUAGAAAUAAAUCAACAACAACCUCAACUGCACCAUCAUCAAAAGUUAGAAAUAAAUCAACAACAACCUCAACUGCACCAUCAUCAAAAGUUAGAAAUAAAUCAACAACAACCUCAACUGCACCAUCAUCAAAAGUUAGAAAUAAAUCAACAACAACCUCAACUGCACCAUCAUCAAAAGUUAGAAAUAAAUCAACAUCAACCUCAACUGCACCAUCAUCAAAAGUUAGAAAUAAAUCAACAACAACCUCAACUGCACCAUCAUCAAAAGUUAGAAAUAAAUCAACAACAACCUCAACUGCAUCAUCAUCAUCAAAAGUUAGAAAUAAAUCAACAACAACCUCAACUGCACCAUCAUCAAAAGUUAGAAAUAAAUCAACAACAACCUCAACUGCACCAUCAUCAAAAGUUAGAAAUAAAUCAACAACAACCUCAACUGCAUCAUCAUCAUCAAAAGUUAGAAAUAAAUCAACAACAACCUCAUCAACCUCAACUGCACCAUCAUCAUCAAAAGUUAGAAAUAAAUCAACUUCAACCUCAACUGCACCAUCAUCAAAAGUUAGAAAUAAAUCAACUUCAACCUCAACUGCACCAUCAUCAAAAGUUAGAAAUAAAUCAACAACAACCUCAACUGCACCAUCAUCAAAAGUUAGAAAUAAAUCAACAUCAACCUCAACUGCACCAUCAUCAAAAGUUAGAAAUAAAUCAACAUCAACAUCAUCAACCUCAACUGCAUCAUCAUCAUCAAAAGUUAGAAAUAAAUCAACUUCAACCUCAACUGCACCAUCAUCAAAAGUUAGAAAUAAAUCAACAACAACAUCAUCAACUACAAAUGACCAUACAAAUAAUUCCAAAACUUUCACGAAUUUUUUCAUCAAAAUUCAUCAUUUAUAUAAUUUCAAUGAAACAUGGCGUUUAAUACUUGCCGAGUUAGCUAAAACAAAUCCGAAGUUGAAAAAAGUACUUUCCUUCAUUAAGAACAUAGAUUCAAAAACUGCCACUACAAAUGAAGAACAAGAAGUAGAUGAAGAUAAAGCUAUUCAACAAAAAUUAGCUUUUGAACUUGAAAGAAAAAGCUUAUUUAAAUAUGAUGAUACUCCAAUAUUCAUAAAUGGUGAGAUGAAAGAUUAUCAAAUUGAUGGCUUGAAUUGGAUGGUAUCUUUAGAUGAUAAUAAUAUAUCUGGUAUAUUAGGAGAUGAAAUGGGUUUGGGCAAAACCUUGCAAACCAUUGCGUUUAUGGGUCAUCUUAAAUAUAAUGGGAACAAUGAUGGUCCUCAUUUAGUUAUUGCUCCAACUUCGGUAGUUAAUAGUUGGCAAUUGGAAUUCAAUAAGUGGUUACAAGAUUUUAAAAUCAUUGUUUUGACAGGGAAUAAAGAAGAGAGAGCAAAAAUUAUGGAGAAGAUUUUAAAAUAUGAGUUUGAUGUACUUAUAGUAUCUUAUGAAAUUUUUUUAAGAGAUGUAAAUUUUUUGACAUCAAUCCAAUUCACUUACACAAUAUUGGACGAAGCUCAUAGACUAAAAAAUGAAAAAAGUAUAACAAGAAACCAAAUCAAUCUUCUACAAUCAAAAUCUAAAAUAUUAAUUAGUGGAACUCCAUUGCAGAAUAAUAUCGAAGAAUUAUGGUCAUUAGUAAGAUUUAUCAUCCCAGAUAUAUUUGAUGAGAAGGAAGACUUAAAUAAGUGGAUUAAUAAUCAAGUUACAAAUUCAGAUCCUUUACAAAAAUCAAUAGAAUUGUUAAAGCCCAUUUUAUUGAGAAGAUCAAAACAAAAAGUCUCAACACCAUUACCAACUAAAAAAGAAAUAAUAAUUUUCACCAAAUUAACUUCAUUACAAAAAAACUUGUAUGAAGCAAUAUUAAAAAAAGAUUAUGAGACAAUCAAUUCAAACAAUCAUAAUACUUUGAAAACAAGGUUGACAAAUAUAAGUAUGCAAUUACGAAAAUGUUGUAAUCAUCCUUAUUUAUUUGAUGGAGCAGAACCAGGUCCUCCAUACACAACUGAUGAACAUUUAAUUAAUAAUUGUGGUAAAAUGAUUUUAUUGGAUAAAAUGUUAAAAAAAUUUAAAAAUGAAGGUUCAAGAGUGUUAAUGUUUUCACAAAUGUCAAGAGUUUUAGAUAUUUUAGAAGAUUAUUGCAAUUUUAGGGAGUAUGAAUAUUGUAGAAUAGAUGGUUCAACUUCAUAUGAAGAUCGUAUUGAAGCAAUUGAUGAUUAUAAUGAUCCAAAUUCAUCCAAAUUUUUAUUUUUAUUAACAACAAGAGCUGGUGGUUUAGGUAUAAAUUUAACUUCAGCAGAUAUAGUUGUAUUAUAUGAUUCAGAUUGGAAUCCACAAGCUGAUUUACAAGCAAUGGAUAGAGCUCAUCGAAUUGGUCAAACAAAACAAGUUAAAGUAUUCAGAUUAAUAACUGAGAACUCAGUAGAAACUGAAUUACUAAAAAGUGCUACAAGGAAAGCACAAUUAAAUAAAUUUGUUUAUAAGAAUGGAGAUGGUGAAAAAGAAGAUAUUGAUUUGAAUAAUUCUGGUAUUAUAAAUGUAGCCAAGGAUCAUAAAGUGCAAGAAGAUGAUAUAGAAGAGAUUUUAAGAGCUGCUGAAAUACAAACAAGUAAUUAUCAAUCAAAAACCUCAAAUAUUACAUUCGCUGAAGCUCAAAUCCCAACAAAAACUGAUGUUUAUAUUUGGAAAGGUCAAAACUUCAAAGAAAGAAAGAGAAAAAUUGAAGAUGAUGUUGAGAUAUUAACAUAUAAAAGACCAAGAAGAUAA